ACCACAUUCCCAUCUGUGUGUGUGUGUGCUUCCUCCACGCUCAUCAGUUCUGCAUGGAAGUGCUGAGUGCCUGCCCCACUAUUAGGAGGGCAGCCUGUUUCCAGCUGAUACCUCUCCCAGCUUUUUCAGUUUAAGGCUAAGCCCACCCUAAAUCUGCAAGAAUGCUGAAAAUCAUUGUGGAAUCAGCAGCUAACAUUCCUAAAACCAAGCUUGGGAAGCCAGACCCUAUAGUAACUAUCAUCUUUAAAGGAGAGAAGAAGAAAACAAAGUCUGUGGACAGUGACCUGAAUCCAAUAUGGAAUGAGCUGCUGGAAUUUGAUUUAAAAGGAAUACCGCUGGACUACAGCUCAUCGCUUGAAGUCAUUGUCAAGGAUUUUGAAACUAUCGGAAAAGACAAGUUUAUUGGAAGCAUAAUUGUAUCACUAAAGGAAUUUUCUGGUGGCCAAGGUCGAUCCCUUCCUUUCAAAGGCUUAGCUCUACUGACUGAAAAAGGACAACCCAUUGGUUCAACCAUUGAUCUAAUGAUUUCCUAUGUACCACCGUCAUCUGCUGCUAGUAACCCCACAGACUCAGGAGGAACUACAAUUGUUCAAGGAGAUGGAGACAAUGAUGAAGAAGAAGAUAGAGAUAUUGUGGAUGCUGGUUUUACCCCCAGUGUUCCUGGUGCUCCUGGACAAACUGACAACCAGAUCGCUCGGAGACUUGUUAAAGGGAAAAAAACAAGAAGAAUCCUUUCAAAUAAACCUCAAGACUUUCAGAUACGUAUUCGAGUCAUUGAAGGACGCCAGCUACCUGGUAACAACAUCAAACCCGUUGUGAAAGUUAGUGUAGGAGGUCAGACACAUCGCACCAGAAUCAAGAGAGGAAAUAAUCCCUAUUUUGAUGAGAUCUUCUUUUAUAAUGUUAACAUGACACCUCUAGAACUGCUAGAUGAAUCCGUAAUUAUUCGGUUGUUCAAUUCUGGAUCAAUUCGAGCUGACAGUUUAGUUGGGGAGUUCAAGCUUGAUGUUGGAUUUAUAUAUGAUGAGCCAGGCCAUGCAGUUAUGAGGAAGUGGGUUCUUCUCAAUGAUCCGGACGACUCUAGUUCCGGUGCAAAGGGAUAUCUGAAAGUCAGCAUCUUUGUAGUUGGGACAGGAGAUGAGCCACCUACUGAAAAACGAGACCGAGAAAUGGAAGAUGAUGAUGUUGAAAGUAAUCUUUUAUUGCCUGCUGGAGUGGCACUACGAUGGGUGACUUUUUUUCUCAAAAUUUACAGAGCUGAAGAUAUUCCCCAGAUGGACGAUGCUUUUGCACAAACGGUUAAAGAGAUAUUUGGAGCAGAUUCAGACAAGAAGAAUUUAGUUGAUCCAUUUGUGGAAGUGUGUUUUGCUGGUAAAAAGGUGUGCACCAACAGAAUUGAGAAAAAUGCCAAUCCUGAGUGGAAUCAAGCUGUCAAUCUUCAGAUAAAGUUUCCUUCAAUGUGUGAGAAUAUAAAGCUAACAGUUUUUGAUUGGGACAGACUUACUAAAAAUGAUGCAGUAGGAACAACAUGUCUAAGUCUGUCGAAGAUUGCAGCUUCUGGAGGGGAAAUGGAAGAAUAUGACUCCACGGGAACUGGGUCUUCAUCACUGGAAGGUCUAUAUGUUGCAUCCACAGAAAAGGAAGUAGGUUUUCUGCCAACCUUUGGACCUUGCUACUUAAAUCUUUAUGGAAGCCCAAGAGAGUAUACAGGGUUUCCAGAUCCCUAUGAUGACCUGAAUUUAGGGAAGGGUGAAGGUGUUGCUUAUAGAGGACGUGUUUUGGUGGAACUCACUACUAAACUGGAUAACUCCUCAACUAAAAAGAUUGAAGACAUUUCUAGUGAUGACAUCCUGGUUGUUGAGAAAUAUCAGCGCAGACGAAAGUACUGCUUGUGUGCAGUUUUCCAUUCGGCCAGCAUGAUACAAGAUGUCGGUGAAGCUAUUCAGUUUGAAGUCAGCAUUGGCAAUUAUGGCAACAAAUUUGAUAGCACUUGUAAGCCAUUGGCAUCUACAACCCAAUACAGUCGUCCCAUAUUUGAUGGCAACUUUUAUUACUACCUACCAUGGUCAUUCACUAAACCUGUUGUAACAUUAACUUCUUACUGGGAAGACAUAAGUCAUCGGCUGGACCUUGUAAAUAUUCUUCUAGCCAUGUCAGAUCGUCUGCAAUCCAACAUAUCCACACUGAAAUCAGCAAUACAGGCCAAGCUUCCUGAUGUACGUCUCGCAGAAAUAUGGAUGAGGCUUAUUGAUCAACUUAUUGAAGAUACAAUGAGGCCAAUGUCAUCUUUGGAAGCAAAGGCCAAUGUUACAGUGCUGGAUAAGCAGCGUGAGAAGCUUCGGCAGACCUCCCUCAAAAACAUACAAGAGGCAGCAAUUAAAAUGAGGGGGGAAGCAACAGAUGUGAAAGCUACCCUGACAGAGAUUGAGGACUGGUUGGACAGAUUACAGCAGCUGUCUGAAGAGCCACAGAACAGCAUGCCUGACGUGAUCAUCUGGAUGAUUCGAGCAGAGAAGAGACUCGCCUACGCCCGUGUCCCAGCUCAUCAGGUUCUCUUUUCCAAAACCAGCGAGGAAGCAUGUGGCAAAUAUUGCGGAAAGACCCAAACUAUAUUUUUACAGUACCCACUUGACAAGACCAAAGGUAUCAAAAUUCCUGUUCAGCUGCGAGUGAACAUCUGGCUGGGACUGUCUGAAGUUGAAAAGAAGUUUAACAGCUAUUCAGAAGGAACCUUUAGUGUUUAUGCUGAAAUGUAUGAAAAUCAAGCUCUCUUACUUGGGAAAUGGGGCACCACAGGCCUUCUCAAGCGCCACAAAUUUUCUGAUGUCACUGGCUCAAUAAAACUGAAGAGAGAGAGUUUUUUGCCCCCAAAGGGAUGGGAAUGGGAAAAUGACUGGAAUGUGGACCCUGAAAGGAGCUUACUAACAGAAGCAGAUGCUGGUCAUACUGAGUUUUCCGAUGAAAUCUAUGAAAAUGAGGCGCGAUAUCCAGGUGGUGAAUGGAAGAAGGCAGAUGAAACAUUUACUGAUGCAAAUGGAGAAAAGUCAACCUCACCCAGUGAUCUUGCCUGCCCAUUUGGAUGGAUCUGGGAAGAUGAUGCAUGGAUGCGGGAUAUCAAUCGAGCUGUUGAUGAAAAUGGUUGGGAAUAUGGGCUUACCAUUCCUCCUGACAGUAAACCUAAGUCUUGGGGUGCUGCUGAGAAAAUGUACCACACAAACAGACGUCGCAGGCUGGUUCGAAAGAGAAAGAAAGAUCCUAAAGUGUUGGCUACCUCAAAGGCAGCACUGACUCCACAGGAACAGGAAGGAUGGGAGUAUGCUGCUCUGAUAGGCUGGAAGUUUCACAUGACACCACGCAGCUCAGACACAUUCCGCCGAAGACGCUGGAGGAGGAAAAUGGCUCCUUCUGAUCAACAUGGCGCAGCAGCAAUCUUUAAACUGGAGGGUGCCCUAGGAACUGAUAUGACAGAAGAUGAAGAGAAAAAAGGUUCAGAAAAGCAGACUGCAACAAAUGUAUUUGGCGCAAACACACCCAUAGUUUCUUGUACAUUUGACAAAUUCUACACCUACCAUAUGCGUUGCUACAUUUAUCAAGCCCGAGGUCUCACUGCCUUGGAUAAAGACAGCUUUUCAGAUCCAUAUGCGCAUGUAUCAUUCCUUCAUCGAAGUAAAACUACAGAAACCAUCCGCUCCACUCUGAAUCCAACAUGGGAUCAGACCAUUAUAUUCAAUACUAUUGAUAUCUACGGGGACCCCCGUGCAGUUACACAAAAUCCUCCAAAUGUAGUUGUUGAGAUAUUUGACUAUGACCAAGUGGGAAAAGACGAGUUUCUUGGCAGAAGUGUGUGCGUGCCCAUGGUCAAGCUGAAUCCUGACGUUGAUAUUACACCUAAACUUCUGUGGUAUCCUGUCAUGAAUGCAAAUAAGAAUUGUGGGGACGUCCUUAUGGCUGCAGAGCUUAUAAUUCGAGAAAAGGAUGGAUCCAACUUGCCAAUUCUUCCAUCGCAGAGGGCACCACAGAUAUACAUGGUGCCUCAAGGCAUUCGUCCAGUGGUUCAACUCACUGCUAUUGAGAUUCUUACUUGGGGCCUGCGAAAUAUGAAAAGUUACCAGUUGGCAUCUGUGACAUCUCCAAGCCUUAUUGUUGAAUGUGGUGGAGAAAUUGUUGAGACUGCAGUGAUCAAGAACCUUAAAAAGACUCCAAAUUUUUACAGCUCUAUCCUUUUUAUGAAAGUGCUUCUUCCAAAGGAUGAAAUGUACGUGCCUCCCAUCAUUAUCAAAAUUGUAGACCAUCGUCCUUUUGGAAGGAAACCUGUUGUAGGACAAUGCACUAUUGAGUGCUUGGAAGAGUUCCGAUGCGAUCCAUACAUCACUAAAAAAGAAGAUGCUCCAGAACUCAGAGUUGCACGAUUAACUUCCUCCCCCCCUCGUGAUGUUGUGAUAGAAGUAGACGACACAAAGCCUUUACUGGCUAAUCAGGGAUCUACUGGCAUUGGGAGAUUAGGCAGGCAAAAUCUGUCGUUGUUAAGCAGUAUGUCAACAGCAAUCGGAAAAAUGGCUUCUCCAACCACAGUGCAUCUACAAGAAAAGGAGGAAGAAGUUGUGGACUGGUGGAGCAAGUACUAUGCUUCAAUCGGAGAGCCUGAGAAGUGUGGCCAGUAUAUCCAGAAAGGAUACUCCACCCUAAAGGUCUUUAACAGUGAGCUGGAACAUGUUUCUGAGUUCCGUGGCCUUACAGACUUCUGUGAGACAUUUAAACUAUAUAGAGGAAAGACAGAAGACAGCGAUGACCCUUCUGUGGUAGGAGAGUUUAAAGGUUCAUUCCGUAUAUACCCACUUUCAGAUGAUCCAAACAUUCCAAAUCCUCCACGACAAUUCCUAGAACUGCCAGGUAGUGAAUCUCAGGAGUGUAUUGUUCGCAUAUACAUUGUGAGAGGGAUAGAUCUGCAACCAAAGGAUAACAAUGGACUGUGUGACCCAUAUAUUAAAAUUACAUUGAAUAAAAAGGUGAUUGAAGAUCGAGAUCACUACAUUCCAAAUACACUGAACCCCGUGUUUGGCAGGAUGUAUGAACUCAACUGCUUCUUACCUCAAGAGAAAGACCUUAAGAUCUCUGUGUAUGAUUAUGAUACAUUAACCCGGGAUGAAAAAGUUGGAGAAACAACUAUAGAUCUGGAGAACAGAUUCCUCUCUCGGUUUGGAAGCCACUGUGGUUUGCCACAGACUUACUGCAUCACAGGAAUAAAUCAGUGGAGGGAUCAGUUGACACCCACCCAAAUUCUACAGAACUUUGCCAGAUUAAAAUCUUCUGCUCCCCCUGUGUACUCAGAGAAUGGAACACGACUUACUUUUUCAGGCAGAGACUAUACAUUACAAGAAUUUGAAAAUAACAAAAAAAUUCACCAGCACCUCGGACUACCAAAUGAGCGUCUUGCUCUAUAUGUCCUUAGAAAUCAAGGGCUUGUUCCGGAGCAUGUUGAAACUAGAACUUUGUAUAGCACUUUCCAGCCAAACAUUUCCCAGGGGAAACUAGAAAUGUGGGUUGAUGUUUUUCCAAAAAGUUUAGGACCUCCUGGACCACCAUUCAAUAUUACUCCUCGCAAAGCAAAGAAGUAUGUACUUCGUGUUAUCGUUUGGAAUACCAAAGAUGUCAUUCUAGAUGAGAAAAGUAUUACUGGAGAAGAAAUGAGUGAUAUUUAUGUGAAGGGGUGGAUUCCUGGCAAUGAAGAAAAUAAGCAGAAAACAGAUGUGCACUACAGGUCACUGGAUGGGGAAGGAAACUUUAACUGGAGAUUUGUUUUUCCAUUUGAAUAUCUGCCGGCCGAACAGCUGUGCAUUGUUUCUAAAAAGGAACAUUUCUGGAGCCUUGACAAUACAGAAUUUAAGCUGCCACCCAAACUAAUUCUUCAGAUAUGGGACAAUGAUAAAUUCUCCUUGGAUGACUAUUUAGGUUUUGUAGAACUUGAUUUACAUCGAGCAACAAUGCCUGCAAAAGUUCCAGAGAAAUGCACUUUAGACUUAGUUGACCAGGCCAACCAUUCAAAGGUGGCCUCUCUGUUUGAGCAGAAAUCCAUGAAGGGAUGGUGGCCAUGCUAUGCAGAAAAAGAUGGAAAACGGAUAUUAUCUGGGAAAAUUGAGAUGACCCUUGAGGUACUGAAUGAAAAAGAGGCUGACGAACGGCCUGCUGGCAAGGGACGAGAUGAGCCCAACAUGAACCCCAAGUUAGAGCUACCAAACCGGCCAGACACCUCCUUCCUCUGGUUUACAAACCCAUGCAAGACCAUGAAAUUUAUCAUAUGGCGCAGAUUUAAAUGGGUAUUUAUUGGACUCAUCGUCCUGCUCCUUGUACUUCUGUUCCUUGCAGUCUUCUUCUAUUCUUUGCCGGGCUAUGUUUCUAUGAAGAUUGUGAAACCCAAUGUAUAAGAACAGCAACGAAAUGCCAACAUGGACCAUACUCUCCCUACUUAACUUAAUGAAUUUAUAUUCUUAAAACUUGA